CGUCUUCUGCCAGUUUAUCUGAAUUGUACCGCGCAAUGUUUUAAUUGCAUGACAAACAAAUGUAGUUUUUGUUGAUGUAUAUACAGUUCCUUAAUCCGUAUUUGUUAGUAAGUUGUAAAUAAUUCUGUUAACGACAAGAACAUUAUUAUAUCAUGGCUGAUGAGACCGAGCAGGUACCGGCAAUAAACGUCAAAGAACCAUUGGAUCUUAUAAGAUUGAGUCUUGAUGAACGGAUAUACGUUAAAAUGAGAAACGAGAGAGAACUACGGGGACGGUUACAUGCUUAUGAUCAGCACUUAAAUAUGGUUUUGGGGGAGGCAGAAGAAACUGUAACUACCGUAGAAAUCGACGAGGAAACGUACGAAGAAGUUUAUCGUACUACAAAAAGAAAUAUUUCCAUGCUCUUUGUUCGCGGUGAUGGUGUAAUUUUGGUAUCCCCGCCUAGCAUGAGAGCUCCGCUAUAAGAUAUCUUAGGUGUAAUGCAUGUAAAAAAUUACAAAUACCUGGAGUAAAGUUCUACAUUAAUAAUAUUAACUAUUAUAUUAGUACUCGACAGUUGUGAUAAAAAUUCAGCUGAAUUUCUACAAAUACUUGUGAC